AUGGCAUCAUUACGAUUAAAAGUUCAAUUAGGUGAUGAGAAAAAAAUCUAUGCUCGAGGAAAACCUUUAUUUCGUAAAUUUAUCUAUUCGAUUGAUUCAUCAUCAAAUGAAACUAUUGGUGAACUAAUUCGAAAAUUACAAGAUUAUAUAAAUAAACAUUUUUCACAUUUUAAUAUACGAUUAGUACAAUUAAUGACACAUGAUGGUUUUAUAUUAUCGAAAUCAGAUUUAUAUUCAUCUGUACUUAAAGAUAAUGAUCAUAUUAUUUGUAUCGAUAUGAGAAGAUUUAUUGAUGAAUAUUUUAUAUGUUUUGAAGAUAAUACUCUAUGGUUAGAACGUAAACAAUAUGAUGCAACUAAUAACAAAGAAAAAUUUAUUCGAAUUGGUCUUAAUAAUGUUUCAGAAUUGUUUAUAAGAUUAUUUGGAACAGUUAAUGUUUCUGGUCUUUACAUAUUUGGUAUAUAUGAAUUAAUUAAAAUCGCUAAUGAAAAAUCAGCAGAUAAAUUAAUUGCUCGACUCGAUGGUACAAUGGAUUCUGAUCAAUCAACUUCAGCUGAUUGGUUUCUUGAAUGUUGGCGUGAAUGUCAAGAUGUUGCUAUUGCACCUAUACCAAUACGUAAUGAAGAACCUCGAUGGUUAACAGAAUCUGUUAUUAAUAUUCAACCAGAUAAAUUAAUUUCAUUUACUAUUAGAGGAACGCUAAGAGUUAAAGGUGAUAUAGGACUUGAUAAUGCCGCACGUGAACGAAUGCAUCGAAGUUUACCUCAACCAUUUAAAUUUAAGAUAGUUGUCACAGAUAGUUCUGGUAAACAAUGUUCAUUAAUUAUUGAACAAUUAAACAAACCACUCGAUCCUCUCACUCGAGAAUCAUUUAUAUAUGAUGAGAAAUCAAACAUUGGCGAAUUUCUCGCUUUUACUUAUGCCGAUGAUGUUGAACAGGAGAAACGACUUUAUGCAGGAAUAUUUAUAAAUAAAUUAGGCGAACUUGUAGUCAAAAUUAGUGGAUCAUAUACUGGUGCGUAUGAUAGAAAAAUUAUACGCGCCAUGCAAUAUCAUGCCAAACAAAACAAAACACCAGAAGUAGAUCUAGACGGCACAACCUAUGAUUUGUAUGACACUCAUGGUAGAGCAAUUGCUAUAUUUGAUCCUGAAACUUAUAUGUUCUAUGCUGUUCGAUUGGAAUUAACUACUAAAACCUCCAAGACAGUAGAAACUGUACUUAUUCCAGUAGAAAAAAUUAAAUCUACAGAUUAA